GGCGCAGCGUCGGGGCUGACGGUGGAGGAGCGGAUGCAGCAGGUGGGCCUGGUGUUCCAGUUCCCCGAGCGCCACUUCCUGGGUGCCGACAUCAUGCAGGAGCUGUCCUUCACCUGGCCCCGACUGCCGCAGUACUGGGGGGAGCGGCAGGCGCUGGCGGCGCGCAUGCAGCAGGUCCUGGAGGCGGUGGGUCUGGAGGGUGUUCCGCUGGACGUGCCCCCCUGGGCGCUGUCGGGCGGUCAGCAGCGGCGGCUGGCGCUGGCCAUCCAGCUGGUGCGGCGGCCGGCGGCACUGCUGCUGGAUGAGCCGCUAGCGGGGCUGGACUGGCAGGCGCGGAGGGAGGUGGUGGGGCUGCUGGGGAAGAUAAAGGUAGGGUGCGGGGGGGAGGGAAGAAGAGUUCCCCCCCGCACAGUCCCAGUGCACGCUGCUGGUGGUGUCUCACGACCUGGCCGAGAUCGCACCGCUGGUGGACUGCGCCUGGCGCAUGCGGGUGGGGGGCACCUGCGAGCGGGUGGACUGGCCGCCCCCUGACUUGGCGAGGCUGGAGCAGUGAUGCUGCGGUAUGGUUGGGAAGGAGGGACUGUUGGGGCGCGGUGUGGUGGUGGUGGUGGAGGUGCGCGAGUAGUAGUAGCGGUGUGGUGGUUGCGAUGGCGAGGGAAGGAGUGCGCUUCGGUGCUGCUGGCCGUAACGUGAUGGUAAAGGUUGGAUGUUGGAGGCGUCUCUUGGAAAAACGUUAUGAUUAUAGAAUCUGUAUAAGGGCGUCGCUAGGCACACGGGAAGGAGGGCUGGUUCGCUUUCAUGGACCUAGAGAAUUUGCCGGGUAGGCAGUACAAAGUAGGCGAAGGCCGCAAUCGCGCAUGGCUCAUCAUAUUAACUUGUUUUGUAAGAUGCCAUUGGGUCCUCCGCUGGGCUUUGCGUAGGAUUAGUCACGUGCACCAUAGUGUAAGGUCUUACGUGAACACUUUGGAAUAGACAUCCGUCCUUUAGUGCUGACCUCAGGUAUAUUGUUUGCAGC